CGCACAUACACACACACACGCGCAACAACAACAACAACCACAACAACAACAUCAUCAUCUGAUAUUCUCUCAUCGGGGAGCAAUCAGCCACAUUGGGCACCUUUUACGUUGUGUUUUGGAGACUUCUGCUGGAGAGAUUUUGGAGAUGUCUAACGUCCAGUUAUCAAGCAGCGCACUGGAGAGGCUGGUGGCCAGGAGGACCUUCCCUCUCCACAGGCGAACCAGCGCCUGCCGCAACCUCUUCGGACCGGUGGAUCAUGAAGAGCUGAAUAAGGAGAUGAAAUCCAAGCUGCGGGAGAUUUCCGAGCGGGACCAACAGAGAUGGAACUUUAAUUUCGAGGCCAACACCCCGCUGGAUGGGGAUUACAAGUGGGAAGAGGUCCCCGUGGAUAAGACCCCGGAGUUUUAUCAAGACUCUACACAGGACAGCAGGACCCGGGUGCCAUCGACGCCCGUUAAGCAGAGGCCCUCAUCGGACUCUGCUGCCCCGGAGACCCCUCAAAUGGAUGUAAUGGAGCGCUUAGCGGUGCCCGAAAGCAGCAGCAUUCCCUGCCCAACGGAGGUCAACCAGGAGAACCGCACAGACAAGCUCAACUCAGGGAAGCAGAGACAAGUCCCGUGUGUUGGACGCAAGCGGCCGGCCACUACUGACAACAACACACACAUCACAGACUUCUUCGUUAAACGAAAGAGAGCUGCUGAGAGAAAAUCUAAUGAUAUGAGCCUUUGCCAUCAAUCCAAGUCUCCAAUCAAGGUGGAACAAACUCCAAGAAAGAGGAUCCGUUGAAGGUUUUGUUUUUGCACUACUUGCCUGCGCAGUUUGAGGAUAAAGGGGAACAUGUUUUUCCUCGACACUUAAACGCCAGAGAGGAGAGGAAACACAAGGGAAGGUGUUAAAGAAAGAAGCCCGACCGGCCGUCGGCUGCUUCGGCUUGGUGCGCCCCGGCGGAGCGCAGCCUGAACACCGGACCAGACUCUCAGGACUGAACGGACUGAACGGUUUGGGGAGGAAUUGGGAGGGAGAUUUCGCCGGAUGACUUCUAUCCAGUACAAAUGUAGCAUUCAUUGUUGCUUUUGCAUACAGCCACUCGACAGUGUUAAAUGUUUUAACAUCUGUGCAAUCCUAAAUUACUUUUAAAAAUGGUCCACACUGGCCAAAAGUGUACAGCUUUAUAGAGACAAUAGCCUAUAAAUGUUUAUUGUUGUUCUGUUUUUUCUGUAAAUGUAUAUUUUAUUCUAAUUUAUAAUUUAUUUAUGUUUCUUUAUAUUUGUUAAAUGCCUUGUUGAUUUAGCCAAAGGGCAUAUUUUUAUUUUAUUUUAUUUACUAUUUUUUAUUGUGAUGUUUUGCAAUCAUGUAGCUUCCCCCAUAGUAGUCCACACUUGAAAAAAAUAGGUUUAUUUGUGUUUCUGAGCCGUAUUUUUUGUGUGUUUUCAUACAAGUGCCCUAAUUAUGUCUUACAAAAGAGGAGAAUAAAAUAUUUUUCACUUCAACUUUAAACUAAUUUGUUGGUGUUUUUG